UGUUAAAAUGGCGGCUCAAGUUUCGUCGAAUGACUGUGAUUUUUGCGAAUUCAAUAAGAGAAAAGCGUCUUUAUAUUGCGACGAAUGCGAAAAGUUUUUAUGCAUUGAAUGUAAACGUAGCAUUCAUGAUAAGGUUCCAAUUAUUCAGGAUCAUAUUGUGGUAGAUAUCAAGAAGACAGGGGGUCGUGUUAUUAAACGAAAGCCUGUAUGUUUAACGCAUAAGCAAACAUUUCUAUAUUAUUGCAGUAAAUGUGAAUGCCUCACCUGCAAGCAAUGUAUGACUAGUUCUCACAAUGGACAUACAACUGAUACAAUUAAAAAGAUUGUUGAUGUGUUCCGAGAAAAUGCUAAAGAAACCCAUGAUAAGUUGAAAGCGAAAGUUGCAAUUGUAAAGAGGACACUGGUCGCAAUUAAAACAAAUCAAACGCAUAAAAUAACAUCUGAUUUCGACUCUUACGUCCACAAAGUCGAGAAAAUUUGCCGGGAGAUGUAUGGAAUAGUUGAUCAUACCAAAAAAAUACACAUGACCGCUGCAUCGGACUUCAAAACGAAUGAGAACCAAGAUUUGAACAGAAAGCGAGUUUUCUUUCAGCGUCAAUAUGAUGAAUCAUCUAAUACAUUAAUUCAGAUCGACAACCUCUUACAAGAAUCACAAGAUGUUACCUUUUUUACUGACUGGAAACGUCUCAAAACGGAUGUAGAUAAUAUGAUUCAAAUAGAUCAAGCCCUCCAAAGUCCAAGGCGAAUUGAAAGUUUUAACGAAGACAAUUUUAUGACACCAAUUAUUGGAGAAAUAGAUAAGAGGCUAAAAAGGAGUAUGUUCAAAGAAAAAGAAACUGAAAUUGAAUAUUUGACAAAUGAAGUAAAGAAAACAGAAACUGAGAUUCAAUUGCUGCAAAAUGCAGUAAAGGAACACAAAAUAUUGACCUACAAUCUUCAGAAGGAGAACAAUGAUUUAAACAAAGGAUUAAGAAAGAAGCAAGCAGAAAUAGAAAAGUUAUCACGAAAAUGCUGGGGAUCGUCAACGAUAAAUGCUAGAUAUCGAUAUAGUGCAGCUAUAGAUAUUGGUUCUUCAUACUCAGGGUAUGCUUAUAGUUCUAAUGAUGAUUAUACACAGGAACCAACUAAAAUAAACACCAAUCUAUGGUCUGGAUCUAAACUACUGUCAUUAAAAGCUCCAACUGCUCUUUUGCUUGAUUCAAGCCAGGAAUUCGUAGCGUUUGGAUAUGAGGCUGAGAAUAUGUACUCUGAACUGGUAUCUGAGGGUGAACAUGAGGAUUAUUAUUAUUUUCAUAGCUUUAAGAUGAUUCUCCAUCAGAAGAGAAUCACAGCAGAUAUAAAGAUAAAAGAUGAGCUUGGUAAAGAAAUAGAAGCUUUGAAGGUGUUUCAAUAUGCAAUUAAGUUCCUGAAGGAUCACUUAUUUAAGAGUAUAUCAGAUAAAAGAAAAGGUAUUAUGGAGAAGGAUUUACACUAUGUCCUUACUGCACCUGCCAUAUGGGAAACCUCUGCAAAGCAGUUUAUGAGGGAAGCUGCUACUUUGGCCGGUAUUAGAAGUAGACAGUUGUGUAUUGCUUUAGAGCCUGAAGCAGCUUCAAUUUACUGCCAGCACUUUAAAACUGACAGCCAGUAUUCUACAGAUGACAAAGAUGCAUUUGCCCAGACAAUUAAAGCAGGAUUGAAGUUCAUGGUAGUUGAUCUUGGAGGUGGCACAGCUGAUAUAACAGUCCACCAAAGACAUGAUGAUGGUACACUUAAAGAAGUUGUUCCACCCAGUUGUGGUCCCUGUGGUGGGAAAUCUAUAGAUGAAGCUUUCCAUAGCUUUCUAAAAAGGAUUUGUGGACCCAAAGUUAUGGAAGAAUUGAAAAAAACUGAACUUGAGGACUUUAUUGAUUUAUUUAGAGAAUUUGAAAGUAAAAAGAGGUCAAUUCGUUUAGAUCAAACUAACAAAGUAGUCAUUACAUUGCCUGUUGCCUUAAUUGUUUUAGUUAAAAGCCAUAGAGGUAAAAUGGAGACAGCUCUAGAGCAAUCGCCGUAUGGUCAGGCAGUUUCCUACAGCAAGCAAAAGUUACACAUUUCCCCAGAGUUAUUUAGAGAUUUAUUCAAAUCUACAGCUCAGGCCUUAAUAAAACACCUAGAACAAAUGUUUCGUAAUGUCAAAUUAUCGGAUUUAAAAAGUUUUAUUAUAGUUGGAGGCUUUUCAGAAUGUGAACUUAUACAGCAUAGAAUGAAAGAAACAUUUGGAAAACAUAAAAAGAUCAUUAUUCCUGAAGAAGCAGGUCUUGCUGUCCUUAAAGGGGCAGUUUUAUAUGGCCACCAACCAAAAGCUAUCAGCGCCACGGUACUUCAUCAUACUUAUGGUUUUCAGUGCUGCCAAAAAUGGGAUCCUGAAAAGCACCCAAAAUCAGGGAAAGUCAAUAUAGGUGGUGUUGAUCAAUGCAAGGAUGUAUUCUAUAAAUUUGUCAAAGUUGGUCAGCAAGUGGAAACUGGCAUUGAGGAGUCCCAUGUUUUUAAAGUAUUGAAACCCGACGCAAAAACCAUUGAGUGUACAAUCUACGUAUCAACAGACACUAACCCACGAUACGUUACCGAUCCAAGCUGUCAAAGACUAGGAAAUGUAAUCAUUCCGCUGCCAGAAAUUACAGCUGGACAAGUAGUAGAGAUAGAGGGUACUAUGGUAUUUGGAGGGACUGAACUUGUAGUCCUAGCUAGAGAGUUACACACUGGAAGAGUAGUUGUAUCACAGUUUGAUUUUAUAUAGAGUGCUUGUCUAGAUUAUCAUGUACUAAGUGAUUUGUUUUGUAUUGUGUUAUGUAUUAAACUAUACUUAUUUAUCAGAA